CGCGGGGCCGCCGAGCAUCCUCCGCCCGCUCGCCUCCACCCGUCCUCUCGGAGCGGCGCUCCCCGCGGGCCGCCCGCUUCGCUCCCCGUUCCGCAGCCUGUGCGGGAGGAAGGGAGGGAGGGAGGUGUUUUCCCGAAGUGCAAAGAAAAGUCCGUGGGAUUCCCCUCCUCCCCCCCUUCGGGCGCGUUCGCACGCUCCCUCAGGCAUGAUGCUCAAGAUGCUGCCGUUCAAGCUGCUGUUGGUGGCCGUGGCUCUCUGCUUCUUCGAGGGGGACGCCAAGUUCGGGGAGAGCGGCGCCCGGAGGAGAAGGUGCCUCAACGGGAUCAUAAAAUCUUCUUGUGUAAGAUGGGGAAAUAGGUCAUGUGUUUAUUUGUCUUUGGUUUGUGGCUUGCAGAUACUUUCCGUCACGAACAACACCGAAUGUGCGAAGCUACUGGAGGAAAUCAGAUGUGCACACUGCUCACCUCAUGCCCAGAAUCUUUUCCACUCGCGUGAGAAAGGGGAAACUUCUGAAAGAGAACUAACUCUUCCCUACUUGUGCAAAGACUAUUGUAAAGAAUUCUAUUAUACUUGCAGAGGUAACUUACCAGGUUUUCUCCAAACUUCAGCUGAUGAGUUUUGCUUUUACUAUGCAAGAAAAGAUGGUGGUGUAUGCUUUCCAGAUUUUCCAAGAAAACAAGUGCGAGGGCCAGCUUCUAACUCCUUGGACCACAUGGAGGAAUAUGACAAAGAGGAAGAGAUCAGCAGAAAACACAAGCACAACUGCUUCUGUAUUCAGGAAGUCAUGAGUGGACUAAGGCAGCCUGUCGGAGCAGUACAUUGUGGGGAUGGAUCUCAUCGCCUCUUCAUUCUUGAGAAAGAAGGAUAUGUGAAGAUUUUCAGUCCUGAAGGAGAUCUGAUCAAGGAACCUUUUUUGGAUAUACACAAGCUUGUUCAAAGUGGAAUAAAGGGAGGAGAUGAAAGAGGACUGUUAAGCCUUGCAUUCCAUCCCAAUUACAAGAAAAAUGGAAAGCUGUAUGUGUCUUAUACCACCAACCAAGAACGGUGGGCUAUUGGACCUCAUGAUCACAUCCUUAGGGUGGUAGAAUACACAGUAUCCAGGAAAAAUCCUCAACAAGUUGAUAUAAGAACAGCAAGAGUGUUUUUAGAAGUAGCAGAACUACAUCGAAAACAUCUCGGAGGGCAGCUUCUGUUUGGCCCAGAUGGCUUCUUAUACGUUUUCCUUGGAGAUGGCAUGAUUACUCUCGACGAUAUGGAAGAAAUGGAUGGUUUAAGUGAUUUUACAGGUUCUGUAUUACGCCUCGAUGUAAAUACUGACCUGUGCAGUGUCCCUUAUUCCAUACCACGGAGCAACCCACAUUUUAAUAGCACAAACCAACCUCCUGAAAUUUUUGCACAUGGACUCCACAAUCCAGGCCGAUGUGCUGUGGAUCACCACCCAGCAGAUGUAAACAUCAAUUUAACAAUACUUUGCUCAGAUUCAAAUGGAAAGAACAGAUCUUCAGCAAGAAUCUUACAGAUAAUAAAGGGUAAAGACUAUGAAAGUGAGCCUUCACUUUUAGAAUUCAAACCAUUCAGCAGUGGAGCCUUGGUCGGUGGAUUUGUCUAUCGAGGUUGCCAGUCUGAAAGGCUCUAUGGAAGUUAUGUAUUUGGAGACCGCAAUGGAAAUUUUUUAACGCUGCAACAGAAUCCUGCAACUAAACAGUGGCAAGAGAAACCCCUCUGUCUUGGCAACAGCGGAUCAUGUAGAGGUUUCUUUUCAGGCCCUGUCUUGGGAUUUGGUGAAGAUGAACUAGGCGAGAUUUACAUAUUAUCAAACAGUAAAAGUAUGACACAGGCUCACAAUGGAAAACUCUACAAGAUCAUUGACCCAAAAAGGCCUUUAGUUCCUGAAGAAUGCAAAAGAACAGCUCAGUCGGCACAGAUACUGACAUCUGAAUGCUCAAGGCACUGUCGAAACGGGCACUGCACUCCUACAGGAAAAUGCUGCUGUAAUCAAGGCUGGGAAGGAGAGUUCUGCAGAACUGCAAAGUGCGACCCAGCGUGUCGACAUGGAGGUGUCUGUGUAAGGCCUAAUAAAUGCUUAUGUAAAAAAGGCUAUCUUGGCCCCCAGUGUGAACAAGUGGAUAGAAACAUCCGAAGAGUUACAAGGGCAGGUAUUCUUGAUCAGAUCCUAGACAUGACAUCCUACUUGCUGGAUCUAACCAGCUAUAUUGUAUAGUUUUGGGGACUGUUUGGAAACUACACUUUCAACGGGCAUUUGUUUUGAAUCCUAUCAUUUUUUCAAGACUGUUAUCCUGCAACAAAUACCAGUGAUUUGAUUUACUUUAUUAAUUUAAAUAUAAUAUUCAGAAAUGUGCAGAUAAAUUCAUUGUAUAUGUGUUAAUAUCUGUGUACAUCUUCUAGAUGUACAGAUACUGAACACAUAUAUGGGCAAGCAGUAUCACAAAUACGGUUUUACAGCUAGUGGAAUUUUUUUAUAUGUAUUUCUUCAUGAGAAAUAGUUUACAAAGCAAUUCCACUGCAAAACAUUUUCAUUUAAGGACUUUCCCAAUGUCAUAAUGGAUUCACUGACAUCCCAGAAACCUUGCGUCUGCAACUGGCUAAUUAUUGCAGUAAGAGAGCAGUUUUGAACCAUCACCAUGUAAACUGCUGGACUUAAUGAAAUCCAGUUGUAACAGUUUUUAAGGUGAAAUGAACUACGUUAUGAGACUAUUUCAGAACUGCUUUAUGCAUUCCUAUCUAGGCAAUUCAUUGUAAGACUGUAAUCUUCACCUUCAUCAAUGUAACUCUAUUACAGACUGUUACGUAUUUCCUUAUCUAGCAUAGAUGCAAAAAUCUGGUUAUCGCAGCUUGAUAUCAAGAUUGUUUCAAGUGUUUAAUAAUUAAAUUAUACUCACAUAUUUCAAAACCAGUCAUCCUAGAAGGUCUGCUUUCUAUCAUGUAUUUUAUUUAACAAUGGGCACUGGGUUCAUCUUACAUAUUUAUAUUAUUUUAUUUUAUUUUUAUAAUAUAGACAUCACUUAGAUGAAACAGCUUUACUAUGUCCUGUGUAAUACUAAUGUUACAUUUUUCACCAAUUUAAUCGGAGAGAUGAGGAAAGAGCAAACACUUGAAUGUAUUGUGGCUCUGUAUCCUUGUGUCAACUUGUAUUCAUUUACAAUGGAUGGAAGAAAAAAAAAAAAAAAAACGACCAACCAAACAUUAAAUUUGAGCAUGUAUUAAAAGUGUUCAUAAAAUGAUUAUCACUAUGACAGGACAGGCUAGAUUAUACACAACUAGACUGCUACAGAUUUCACACUGAAUGGAACUUCACUGGAUGAAAGCUCACAUUAGCAGUUGUUGGCUGUGUAAGAUGUCACUUGUAUAAAACGUAUAACAAUUAUUGCCAAAUAUGGUUUUAAAUGUAAAUGUUUCUUGAAGAGCUAACGUAAAAUUGAUUUUUUGUAAAUGUAUCAAUAAAUAUGGUGUACAUGCUAUAGUCAGGUUUUUGAAAGUAUUAAUAUUUUAAUCAGAUAUAUCUUCCGAAUUGGUGCCCUCUCCAUCUCUGGGAAGUUAUUGGCAGUUUCUUUGUUCGUUGUUUGCCGUCUAUUAGAUUUCCUUUGCACUAUUUGGCUUUUAUAAAAUCUUGCACAUAUAAAGAGUAGCAUGGCCACCACCAUGCACACACUAAUGGUUCCUAUAAGCAGCUACUUAUGUCGACAGUUUACAACACUUUAGGCAAUAACAUCUAGCUUACUGUAACUGUAUUGCUCUCCAGUAGCAAAAUUCUCUUUGCAGGGCAGUGACAUGUAACAACUUUUCCUUUAUGGAACGUUGUCGGUUUUGAUUUAAUAAACAGUAAAUCUUUAAGCACGUAAAAAUGUUAUUUGCAUUUAUCUUAAUAAGUAUUCUAGCUAAGAGGAACAGAAAAUUACACUUGCUUUCCAUAUAUGUUUGCUUGAGUUUCAAGUGACCUCAUGCCAAAUGGAAAUUGGUUGAGAAAUCUUGGUUAAGUGCUUAGAGAACAAUAGUCCGCAUUAAAAAGUGCAUGCAUAAUUUUGCACAAUGUAGAUUCAACUGACAGACCAUUGAAAGACAUCUCAGGAUUAAAUGAGCAUGAAGACCGAAUUGCCCUCUCACCCCAAAAAGGGUGGUCCCUUAUAGUUACACUAACACUUCAUUGGCUAAGCAGUGUGACCAAUCUGAAAAUGAACCCUGCAGUAGCAUCUGUAGGUUAAUAGCAGCUCUUUGUCUCCACUGCUUUCUGUCUUUAGUCUUUUUCCUGAAUUCCAUCACAAAAAGUUUUACAAUUAAAAAUGUCCUGACAACCAUUUUUGUAAAUUGACCUUACCAUCUAAUCUUUCCUUAUUCAAUGUGGGUGACAAAAAUGUGAACUUCUCAUGAAUGAGCCAGCUGUCUAAAUCUGUCAGAUAGUGCAGUUUUAUUGCACUCUUCAUAAUCGGUAAAGCCAGAAAGUCGCUGAAAUAUUUUAGCAACUUUUAAGUCUCUGACACAGACAACAUCUUUAACACUUUUUUUAAUGAGUAUGUUACAAAAUAAACUUUAAUUCGUGAUAUUCUUAAUAGCCAGCUGGGGAGAUGUGAUAGUUCGAUUCUCUGUUUAAAUUCUGUACACUUAAAAAAACUCCCACAAAUUCCACAGAUGGUACCUAAAUUGAAGAUCCCCAGUAAUGUAUAUGCCACAGUCAUGCACACACAUGGCCAUUAUAUGCCAUAACUGUGAAGAGAAGGGGUAACAAAGAAAAUACAGUCUUCAUCUUAAUAAUAAAGACAAUUCAGUCUACUAGUGGAAUCAGAAAAUUAAACACUAUUAAAGAUUAAGAAUUAAAUCCAGGACUCAUUCAAACCAAUGGAAAAAGAAAAUAAAACAAAGCCCCAAACACUCCUAUCAACAGUGCUGAAGCCAGAAAACCACUUUUAAAAUUGAAUCAAAUACUUAAGUUUAUUAAAAUAAAAAAGAAAGUUUUAGUCAAAACUUCAAAACCAAAAAGGAAUCUAUGGGAAGAUUAAGAGGAAAAGAGAAAUAAUUUGCGAAAGGUGUUUUGCUUCAGUUUUAAAUCAUUUUUGGUAUCACAUGAAAGCAGGCAUCUGCAUUAAGCCCACAUAGAUAUGUAGGAAGUCCCAGAGGAAGAGAAAUAUUCUCAAAAAAGACACAAAAAUCCCAACUGCUUAUUUAUCAAAAGAAAUUAUACUAUUACAAACAGCAAGUAAAGCCUAGGCCCAGCCACCCAAGAUGCUAAUAUAAAAAGGGCAACUGCAGUAAUUGCCUGAGAAUUGGCAUACA